AAAACUGUUCGUCGUUUGAAAUAUCGCCAACGUCGUGAUGUCUCCGAGAUUGCCAACGAAUACUUGCCUCCAGCUGAAGAAACUACCGAAACUGUAGCUGAAUUGAAAUCUGUCGAAGAACCUGAGGAAUCCGCUGUUUUGGGUGAAAAUGGUUACGAAUACAAAACUGUUCGUCGUUUGAAAUAUCGUCAACGUCGUGAUGUCUCCGAGAUUGCCAACGAAUACUUGCCCCCAGCUGAAGAAACUACCGAAGAAACUACCGAAGCUGAAUUAAAAUCUGCUGAAGAACCUGAGGAAUCCGCUGUUUUAAGUGAAAAUGGUUACGAAUACAAAACUGUUCGUCGUUUGAAAUAUCGCCAACGUCGUGAUGUCUCCGAGAUUGCCAACGAAUACUUGCCUCCAGCUGAAGAAACUACCCAAUCUGUAGCUGAAUUAAAAUCUGUCGAAGAACCUGAGGAAUCCGCUGUUUUGGGUGAAAAUGGUUACGAAUACAAAACUGUUCGUCGCUUGAAAUAUCGUCAACGUCGUGAUGUCUCCGAGAUUGCUAACGAAUACUUGCCUCCAGCUGAAGAAACUACCGAAGCUGUAGCUGAAUUAAAAUCUGUUGAAGAACCUGAGGAAUCCGCUGUUCUAGGUGAAAAUGGCUAUGAAUACAAAACUGUUCGUCGCUUGAAAUAUCGUCAACGUCGUGAUGUCUCCGAGAUUGCCAACGAAUACUUGCCCCCAGCUGAAGAAACUACCGAAGCCAUAGCUGAAUUAAAAUCUGUUGAAGAACCUGAGGAAUCCGCUGUUUUGGGUAACAAUGGUUAUGAAUACAAAACUGUUCGUCGUUUAAAAUAUCGUCAACGUCGUGAUGUCUCCGAGAUUGCCAACGAAUACUUGCCUCCAGCUGAAGAAACUACCGAAGCCGUAGCUGAAUUAAAAUCUGUCGAAGAACCUGAGGAAUCCGCUGUUUUGGGUGAAAAUGGUUAUGAAUACAAAACUGUUCGUCGCUUGAAAUAUCGUCAACGUCGUGAUGUCUCCGAGAUUGCCAACGAAUACUUGCCUCCAGCUGAAGAAACUACCGAA